UCCAGCUGAGCCUAACGCGCGGAUCACUGAUCCCGCCAUUCGCGAGAUGGCUUUUUGAUGCGGUUAUUUAUUUAUUUAUUUUUCAAAAGCCUUUAAAAGGAACUGCCACCGUUUCGGGGAGGCGGGCGCCAUGACGGGCCGUAAAUUCUCUAAAGAGAAGAAGCGACAUCGCUCCCGUUUAAGCGGCCCAGAGGAAGGAGGAGGCGGCGGCGGCGGCGGCAGCAGCGAAAGGAAACGGCGGAGCACCGAAGCAACCCGCGGCCUUCCGGAGGAAACGAAGUGUAUUGCUCAGGUUCCAGAAAAGAAAGAUGUGGUAGAAGAGCCCAGUGACAUAGAAGAAGGUGGACUAGAUCUGACUGUGCAAUUGAAGCCUGUCAGUUUCUAUAUUACGGACAAGAAGGAAAUGCUUCAGCAAUGCUUUUAUAUCAUAGGGGAGAAGAAAUUGCAGAAGAUGUUGCCUGAUGUUUUAAAGAACUGUUCUAUAGAAGAAAUUAAAAGGCUUUGUCUUGAACAAUUGGACCUUAUGUCUGAAAAGAAGUUACUGAAAAUUCUUGAAGGUGAGAGUGGGGCGGAUUCUGACAGUGAUGAGGAGAUCAAUGGUAGUGAAGAAAAGACAAUAGUCGAAUCAGCCAGUCAGCAGGACAAUAGCAUAGAUUCUACUUCUUCUUUGAAGGAAGAAAACAAAUUGGAAGGGCUGGAUUCAAAACAAGGCAAAGGAGAAGAUAGCGAUAUUCUCAGCAUCAAUGCAGAUGCAUACGACAGCGACAUCGAAGGACCAUGCAACGAAGAAGAUAAUCCAGAUGUGCCAGAACGGACGGUUGGAAGUGGAGACAGUCAGAUAGAUGACCUUCAGAAAGACAUUGAGAAAAGCGUCAAUGAAAUCCUGGGGCUUGCUGAAUCCUCCCCAAAGGAUUCCAAGGCGGCAGCUUUAGCAGUUCCUCCAACAGAUGAUGUUCAGCCAUCAGCACAGCAGCUGGAACUCCUGGAGCUUGAGAUGCGAGCAAGGGCUAUUAAGGCCCUUAUGAAAGCUGGAGAUGUAAAAAAAUAGCCGCAGGGCUGUUUCAUUUGUUAGAUAGUUGGAUUUGCUCUGAUGAGUGUAGGGUCAGCUUCUUUCCACUCUACAGUCUAUUUGGACUAGUUUUGAUAUUCCUCAUUCAAGCCCUUUGGGGGUAUUCUAGCUCAUAGCUGAAAUAGUUGGCAGCAGUUUAUCAGGGCCGUCAGUCUGCUUCUGUGACUUAUAUAAAUGGAUUGGUUUGAUGCUGUGUUUUUUUUCCCCAGCUGUUCUUUUCCCCCCAGUUUGGAUUAGAUUAUUUCCCAACGUGAAUUGGAAACAGUCAUUGGCAGUAUGGAUUCAGCUAAGCCCUGUUGCUCUACAGACCAGAAUAAUCCCAGGAUUGGCUCUAGCUUUUGAGGAGUUGAACCUUUGGUUGUUUUUAGGUAGCAGCUAUAACUGAAGGGAAGUAAAAUGUAGAAGCACCACACAUUUAAGAGAGUAUAGACAAGAAGAAUAUCUUGCGUCAUCAUAAUCAUUUAUGAUGCUUUGUGAUUGCUUUGGUGCCAGCAACAAAUGUUUAUAACUCUAUAUGGUUUGAAAUUAAAUUUAAUCCAUGUCCCUCUUAAUGGUGACCUUGGACAUCUCUGUGUUAUCUUAUAUUCUAUACAGGUUAUACUUGUUCAAUGACUGUUCAAAAUUACAGUGGAACUGAAUGAGGGGACCUAUGACCAGUCCUUGAAGUUGCAGUCAUUGCAGCAUCCCCGUGGUUAUGUGAUCACGAUGCGGGUGCUCAAGCACCUGGGCGAGCUGCAGUCACAUGGUCGCCAUUUGCAACCUUUCCUGCUAGCUUGCCACAAGCAAAGUCAAUGGAGAAGCUGGCAGGGAAAGUCACAAACAAUUUUGCAAGUUGCUCUUGCUGCUUUUUCUCCUGAGGAACCCCAUUAGGGAGUAUGAGAUACCAGGGAUUUUGUACUCCAUAGCGUUUCCCAACCACCCUUUCCAGUGCCUACUCCUGGUUCUUGCCAGGCGGCUCACCACUCCCCAUUGGCCACCUGCAGUACCCUCCAUGCUCCUUAUCUGCAUAGUCAUUAAAGGUUACAUAGGGUUACAAAGGCAACUGGGAUUACUGGG